AUGAACUUUGAUGAAAUCGAAGAACAGGAUGGAAUUCGUUUCUCCUGGAAUGCCUGGCCAUCAUCCCGCAUCGAAGCUACAAAGGCAGUAGUUCCAAUCGCUUGUCUUUACACUCCGCUGAAAGAACGCGAAGACUUUGUCGAAACUCCAAUCUGGUAUGAGCCAGUUACAUGCAAAGCUCCCUGUAGAGCAGUAUUGAACCCCUACUGCCAAAUCGAUUUUCGCAGCAAGGUUUGGGUCUGCCCUUUCUGUCUCCAGCGCAACCCAUUCCCUCACCAUUACAAAGACCUCUCUAAUACCAAUCUUCCCGCAGAACUCUUGCCAAAGUACACAACUAUAGAAUACAACUUAAACAGAGUUGCCCAGGUCCCGCCGAUUUUCUUUUUUGUGGUUGAUACUUGUCUCGAGCAAGAGGACCUUGAUGCACUCAAGAGUACCAUUAUCGCAAGCUUGAGCCUUUUGCCUCCUUAUGCUUGGGUUGGUUUGAUUACAUUCGGUACCAUGACUCAAGUGCAUGAACUUGGAUUCGCCAGUUGUCCAAAGUCAUUUGUAUUCCGUGGAACAAAAGAGUUUACUGGAAAACAAAUCCAGGAUAUGCUUGGCUUGUCAGGUGGAACUGUUCGUCCUGGUUUACCUCAUGGUGCUCCCGGGAAAACACCUGCAAUGACUGCACCAGCCAACAGAUUCUUUGUACCUAUCAAGGAUUGUGAGUUUGUCUUGACUUCAAUCUUGGAGAACUUACAAAAGGAUCCUUGGCCUGUAACCCUUAAUAAACGCCCUGAGAGAUGCACUGGUGUUGCUUUGAGCGUUGCUAUCGGUUUGUUAGAGGCAUCAUUCCCUAACACAGGUGCUCGUGUGAUGCUAUUCAGUGGCGGUCCUGCCACUGAAGGUCCUGGCAUGGUGGUGAGCACCGAACUUAGAGAACCCAUUCGAUCCCACAACGAGAUUGAAAAAGAAACUGCAAGGCAUUACAAGAGAGCUGUCAAGUUUUAUGAAAGUCUGUCCAAGCGUGCAACAGCCAAUGGUCACACCAUCGAUAUCUUUGCUGGAUGUUUGGAUCAGAUCGGUCUGUUGGAGAUGAAGUCAAUGGUCAACACCACAGGUGGCUUUAUGAUCUUGUCAGAUUCAUUCAACGCGGCUAUCUUCAAACAGAGUUUCCAUCAUUUGUUUCAAAAGGAUAGCCAAGGACAUUUGCAAAUGGGUUUCAAUGCCACUCUUGAUGUUCAGACAUCGCGUGAACUCAAGGUAUCUGGUCUUAUUGGCCACGCUACUUCCGGAAACAAAAAGUCUACCUAUGUUGGCGAAACUGAAAUUGGUAUUGGUAACACCUCAUCCUGGAAGAUCUGUUCCAUUACGCCCAAGACUACCCACGGUAUCUACUUUGAAGUGGUCAACCAGCCAAAUGCCCAGUUCCAGCCUGGAUCGCGUGGCCUCAUCCAGUUCUCGACUCACUACCAGCACUCGAGUGGUCAAUUCCGCCUCAGAGUUACCACUAUUGCACGCAACUUUGCCGAGGGCCAGAGCCCCGAGACUGCAAAUUCGUUCGACCAGGAAACAGCAGCUGUCCUCAUGUCGCGUAUUGCUGUCUUCAAGGGCGAGAUUGACGAUGGACCAGAUGUCCUGAGAUGGUUGGAUCGUAUGCUGAUCCGACUCUGCCAACGCUUCGCAGAUUACCGCAAGGAUGAUCCCCACAGCUUUAGAUUGUCCGAGAAUUUAUCAAUCUAUCCUCAGUUUAUGUUCCAUUUGAGAAGAAGUCAAUUCCUCCAAGUUUUCAACAACUCGCCAGAUGAGACUGCAUUCUAUAGACAUGCCCUCAACCGAGAAAACGUCGACAAUUCACUCAUCAUGAUCCAGCCAACAUUAACCUCUUAUGGGUUCGACAUCCCACCUCAGCCUGUACUCUUGGAUUCUGUUUCUAUCAAACCUGAUUGCAUUCUCCUCCUCGACACCUUUUUCCACCUCCUUAUUUUCCACGGUGAAACAAUUGCCCAGUGGCGUCUGGCUGGAUACCAAGAUCAAGAAGGCUACGAAAACUUUAAGCAGUUGCUUGAGGCACCUAUCCUGGAUGCCCAGGAUCUUUUGAUCGACAGAUUCCCAGUACCCCGCUACAUUGUAUGCGAUCAGGGUGGCUCUCAGGCCAGAUUCUUGCUUUCCAAGCUCAACCCUUCGACAACACACAAAUCUAAUACACCUUAUGGCACACCUCAAGGAACUGCUAUCUUUACCGAAGAUGUUAGCUUACAACAGUUUAUGGAGCAUUUAAAAAAGCUUGCGGUAUCUGGUGCUUCUUAAGAUCCAUAUACAUGGAAUGUUACUUUUUUUCUUUUAUUUAUGGAAAAUAAUCAAUCCUCAGAAGAAGCUUCUUUUAUGUCUUUGAUUAUCUCCUCGUUUCCUCUUUUUUUGUAUUUCUUAUCUUUUGCGUGUAUUUCAGAACCAAGCUUAGUUCUUAAAUAAAUAUAUUAUAACU